GGGAACUGAUUGAUAUUGGUAUUUUCCAUGUCCUCUCCACAUCCACCGCAACCCCCCCAAGUGUACAGAAGCCUAUGAUAAGCUUAUAUCUAUAAACCAAUCACUUGGGAACCCUGUUUUCUAAAAAGAUCUCCUGGAGACACUUCAUGGCACUCUGAGGCUACAUGGAACUAAAAUUUAAAGAGCAGCAGCUGUUUGGUUAGAAGAAUUGGUUGAGUAAAUGAGUUACCUUUUGUGUAUUACCAAGGUCUGUGAUUGACAAGCAUGGAUAAAUUCAAGGAAGAACCGGUGUCUUAUAGAUAUACUUUAAGUAGAUUUUUGGCAGUAUUUUCUGUGGCCUAUAAUGAAACGCUGAAUCCUAGACACAAAAACACUAUCCAGAUGAGGUCAGGGGAUGAGGAGCCUUCUUUCCUAGACAGGACAACAAAUUCGAAGAAUAUUAAAUAAAAAAGAUUUGCCCACUUGUGUAACCAUUAUGAUCCAUAUAAAUCAGAGGAAAACAUGAUAUAUCCUAAGAAGCACAACUUUAUCGCUUUUAAAUAGUUGGUAGAACUAACCAGUUAUUAUCAAAUUAAGCCCAAGCUUUUUCACAGUUAGAUAAGAGUAAUUUGUAAUUAGCAUAGUAAGGCACAAUUAUCCGGGAAAGAUAUUUGUGUGAAUUGUCAAUAAACACAAACUGAGCUACCAAGUUGGUAGUAAAAUCAGUUUGGUUUUGUGAAGAACAAAAUGCUUCUGUCCAGCUUAAUUCCUUCUUGAAAGUGUGAUAAGCUUUUCCAGACUCUUCUCUUUGGAUUGGCUUGAGGAUAGACCAAGCAACUGAACCUGAGCCAUGAGGAAUAGAGUGAGUCAGUAUAAAUGGACAGGAUAUUGUGAGCAGCUGAGGAGGCUUCUCAUGGACCCUAAUCAUUAGUGGUUCACAGCCAUCUGGCUAUAAGGUUCUGCUAUACACUGCAGUAUACUCAGCGUUAAGUCCUAGCUUUCAGGAUUUGCUGGCUCAUUCUUGAAAUUGAUACAAUCUGAAGUAGAGUAUUGUUCAGCUGACUUUGGUGACUGGGGAAGAAAAGAGUGCCAUCCGACAGUAGCUAGUGAAUCAGUUUCACAAAGAAUAAGUGUUGGGGCAUUCCACAAAGGCCAGUCUUUUAAGCAUUUGAAUGAUUAGUUAAUGAGGGAUGAAGAAAUGGGUUAGCUAGUUGAGUAGGACUGCCAGAAAAUAAGACUAGAAUUCUGACUAUGACAGUAUUUGUAGUAUCAGAAUUUUAUAGCUGAAUCAGGCCUUAAGGUAAACUAGUCCAGUCAGUCAUAUCUCCUUUCAUUCUAUAGAUUGGAAAACUGAGGUCCACCAAUGAAGUGCCUUACCUAAGGCUGUAGAGUUGGUUAGUGACAGCUGAGACUGGACCCUUGUUCUCCCUGUGCAUUAUUACCAUCCUGCAUUAUUUAUUGAAAUUAGGAUGAAAUCCAGUAGGGAUGAAUGCAAGGUGUGAAUACAUGUGAAUACAACUUUGAAAACUGGCCAAAAUAUUCAGAGCUGUAAAAUUAAAAAUUAAAAAAAAACUGUUGACAACAUUGACUAUGAAUCAUAAUGUAAUAAUUGUAUUAGCUAAAAUACUGCUGGGAUGUAUGUAUUAACAAGGUCUGUUUGAGAAGCUCCGAAUCCUAUUUUAUAAGAUAAAUUGAUGAGGUAUGUUUUAACUUUUUUAAUGGGUCAGAAAACCCAGUCAUUCGUUAAAAGAAUAUCUGACCAGACUCAUCUAAGAGCCUGUUUCUCAAACUAUUUUUCAAAAUUUCUAGGAUGUUCAAGUUAUAGAACGGUGUAUAGUUUGGGUGGCAGUCUUUGUUAUUUUAUUUGGUCAAGAUUAUUUAUUGUUCUUGACUUUUCUUUUUUCUUGACCUCCAAAAUUUGUUUCUUUUUCUUCCCUGCUUUAGCCUAUUUGGGAGCCUUGUUUUCUGCCAUGACCUUUGCCCUUUUCAGAUGAAAAAGAGAUAAAUUUUUUAAUGAAAAAGCCUUUUUUCAGCUUCCUAGAUUAAUGGACCAUCUCCAUGUUUAACUUGGAAGAAUAGAUUGAAAAGCCUAGAAUGGAAUUUGUGGGGUGUGUAUCAAGUUGUUCAUUGAAUUUCUUUACUUUGUCCUUUCCAACAAUUAUUGGUGGGUAAUCUGCAUCCAUCUUCCCUGGGGCUUAUUUGAUUCUGAGGGCUUUGGGAAUUGUGCCAGGUCAGGUUACCACAAGGCCCAUGAAAUCAGGCUGUUUUGGCUUCUCUGAUUGCAUCAAGAAAGCGGCCACUGUCCUUUCCCUCUGCUGGGUCUGUUCUGUUUCUGGGAAGGAAACAGCUGUUGAAAUCAUUGCCUUUUCCUUCUGAAAAGGCCAGGUUCCCUUAAGGGUGAUCAUACCCUAGCUUGAUAUGAUGAGCUUUUAGAAAAUGCCUUCUCCUGGUAGGCCUGGUAGGCCUGGGAGACCCCUGCCUUGUCAAAUAGAACAGAAACUUGAACUGGUCUCAGAUUAGUGGGAAGGCUUGAAACUAAUUUUUGGAUUUCAUACUAUUGAACAGAAAUAGCUGAUAGUUAUUUUUUGUUAAGUACUCCUUUAAUGAGCCCCUGUGGGCCUGGUGCUCCCUAGGCAGUGUUAGGGCCCUCCAGUGCAUCACAAAGACCCACUAGUGUGUCACAGGCAGCUAGGCUUGUCGACAGCACAAGCGCCCCUAGCUCUGAGCCCCCUGCAUGGAUUCCCUCCCACCAGGGCUGCUUCUGAGUGUGUGACCCUCUUCCUUACCCCAUCAAUCCAUGUCCCUCCCACCUCCCACCCGGUUUGGACAUCAGCUUCCUUCGAAGACCUCUGUUUGGUGUUGCUCCCACCUCCUACAGAUGCCUAGAAUAGAAGUUUGAAAAUAAUCCUUGCUCUUCUGGAGAACUGGGGGCCCAAAGAAGAGAGAGCAUGGACAUUUCACUGGGAAAGGGAGAAAUCCAGGAAAACUUCAAGGAAGAAGGUGGCAUCUGAUUGAACUUUGAAGGAAAUGAGAAUCUGAAUGAAAGGAAGGGAUGAAAACCUAAGGAGGCAUGUGAGCUCAGGGAUGCUGAGAGAAGGAGCAAGAAAGGGAAGAACAGUUAAUGGAAGACAAGAAAAGGAAGAAAGAGGAUAAAAAGAAGAAAGAAGCUGCUCAGAAGGUCACGGAACAAAAAACCAAAGUGCCCGAAGUGACGAAACCAAGUUUAAGCCAACCAACGGCCGCCAGCCCGAUUGGCAGCUCUCCAUCGCCACCAGUCAAUGGUGGCAACAAUGCCAAAAGGGUGGCAGUGCCGAACGGACAACCGCCAAGCGCCGCCCGCUACAUGCCUCGGGAGGUGCCACCGCGAUUCCGUUGCCAGCAGGACCACAAAGUGUUACUAAAACGUGGGCAGCCCCCUCCAGCCUCCUGUAUGCUCCUUGGGGGUGGAGCCGGGCCUCCUCCUUCUACCACACCUGGAGCAAACCCCAACAACGCACAAGUGACAGGAGCCCUGCUGCAAAGUGAGAGUGGGCCUGCCUCAGAUUCAUCUAUCGGAGGUGCUGCUGCUUCAAAUUAUGCAAAUUCCACUUGGGGCCCAGGAGCCUCCUCCAGCAACGGCACUGCUGCCAACCCCACUCCCACCUGGGACAAGGUGAUUGUAGACGGGUCUGACAUGGAUGAGUGGCCUUGUAUUGCCAGCAAAGACACUGAGGCUUCUUCUGAGAACACCACCGAGAACAACAGUGCCUCGAACCCUGGCUCAGAGAAAAGCCCUCUGCCGGGAAGCACCACUAGUCACAAAGGAAAAGGAAGCCAGGGCCCACCUGGGAGUGCUGGGAGCGAAUGUAAUCUUGGGGUCUGGAAAUCUGACCCCAAGGCUAAAUCUGUUCCACCUUCCAUCUCUGCUGCGGAGAACAGCAGUGGACUGGGGACCUGGAGGAACGUGGGUGGUCAGGAGAGGGUUGGCCCUGCUUCAGGCUUUAGCAGCUUCAACCCAAAUAGCAACCCAUCUGCCUGGCCUGCGCUGGUCCAGGAGAGUGGUUCUAGGAAAGGGGCCCUGGAAGCUGAGAACAGCAGCCCCAGCGCUCAGGGGGCUGUGGUGGGCCAGGUGUCCAGAGAACAGCCGUCAAAGAUGGAAAAUGCGGGUGUUAACUAUGUUGUCUCCGGCAGAGAACAGGCUCCAGUUCAUAACACUGAUGGACCAAAAAGCGGAAACACUAACUCUUUGAACUUAAGCUCACCUAACCCUGCAGAAAAUAAGGGCGUGCCCUUUGGGGCGGGCUUGGGGAGCUGCUCCAGGGGUGCUGAUGCCCCUUCACAGAGCACUGGAGAUAGGCAGCCAGGGAAUGCUGGCUCUCGGGGUUCAGGAAGGGGGUCUUCUGGAACUGACACCGUCUCUGGACAAAGCAACUCUGGGAACAAUGGGAACAAUGGAAAGGAGAGAGAGGACUCCUGGAAAGGCGCCUCUGGUCAAAAAUCUGCUGGGUCAAAAAAUGACUCUUGGGAUAACAACAGCAGAUCCACAGGAGGUGGGUCCUGGAACUUUGGCCCACCAGACCCAAAUGAAAACAAAUGGGGUGAAGGGAACAAAAUGGCGUCUGGGGUCUCUCAGGGAGAAUGGAAACAGCCGACUGGGUCUGACGAAUUAAAGAUUGGAGAAUGGAGUGGUCCAAACCAACCAAAUUCUAGCACUGGAGCAUGGGACAAUCAAAAGGGCCACCCCCUCCCUGAAAACCAAGGCAAUUCCCAGGCUCCCUGUUGGGGGAGAUCUUCAAGCUCCACAGGAAGUGAGGUUGGGGGUCAGAGCACUGGAAGCAACCACAAAGCAGGAAGUAGUGACAGUCACAAUUCUGGACGCCGGUCCUAUAGGCCCAACCAUCCUGAUAGCCAGGCGGUUUUGCAGACUUUGUUGAGCCGAACCGAUCUAGAUCCCCGGGUGCUUUCCAACACUGGCUGGGGCCAAACUCAAAUUAAACAGGAUACUAUUUGGGAUAUUGAAGAGAUGCCAAGGCCUGAGGGGAAAUCUGAUAAAGGGACAGAGGGGUGGGAGAGCUCUACCACACAGACCAAGAACUCAGGGGGCUGGGGAGAUGGACCCAGCCAAAGCAAUCAAAUAAAGUCUGGAUGGGGUGAGCUCUCAACCCCUACAGAGUGGAAAGACCCAAAAAAUACAGGAGGGUGGAAUGAUUAUAAGAACAAUAACUCCUCUAAUUGGGGAGGAGCAAGACCAGAUGAAAAGGCCUCUUCCUCUUGGAAUGACAACAAUUCUAGCAAGGAUCAGGGCUGGGGAGGACGUCAGCCUAAUCAAGGAUGGACUUCAGGAAAGAACGGAUGGGGAGAAGAAGUUGAUCAAACUAAAAACAGUAAUUGGGAGAGUUCAGGAAGUAAACCAGCAACUGGUUGGGGUGAAGGAGGUCAGAAUGAAAUUGGUACUUGGGGAAAUGGUGGAAAUGCAAACUUGACUUCUAAAAGUGGAUGGGAUGAUUGUAAAAGAUCUCCAGCCUGGACAAAUGAGACAGCUCGACAGUCCAGUUCCUGGAAUAAACAGCACCAACAACAGCCACCACCGCAGCAGCAGCCGCAGCCACCGCAGCAGCAGCAGCAGCAGCAGCAGCAGCAAGAGGCCUCCGGCUCCUGGGGAGCCCCACCACAACCACCACCUCCAGGCAAUGGCCGGCCCUCCAAUCCCAGCUGGAACAGUGGGCCACAGCCGUCAGUCCCCAAAGACGAGGAACCCAGUGGCUGGGAAGAACCUUCCCCACAGUCCAUUAGCAGGAAGAUGGACAUUGAUGAUGGCACGUCAGCCUGGGGAGACCCAAGUAGUUAUAACUAUAAGAAUGUGAACCUGUGGGAUAAGAAUUCUCAAGGGGGUCAGGCCCCACGAGAACAAAGCCUGCCCACCCCAAUGACGAGCAAAACCUCAUCAGUUUGGAGCAAAAGCACACCACCUGCUCCAGAUAAUGGUACAUCAGCUUGGGGUGAGCCAAACGAAGCCAGCCCUGGGUGGGGUGACAUGGAUGAGACAGGAGCAUCCUCCACAGGCUGGGGCAACACCCCCUCCAGUGCUCCAAAUGCCAUGAAACCCAACUCCAAAUCUAUGCAAGAUGGAUGGGGGGAGAGUGAUGGGCCAGUGACAGGGACCCGCCAUCCCAGCUGGGAAGAAGAUGAUGAUGGAGGAGUUUGGAACACCGCGGGCUCUCAGGGAAGCAGCUCCUCUCAUAAUUCAGCAGGCUGGGGACAAGGAGGGAAGAAACAGCAAAUGAAGUGUUCACUAAAAGGUGGAAACAGUGAUUCCUGGAUGAACCCUCUUGCCAAGCAGUUUUCUAAUAUGGGAUUGCUGAGUCAAGCCGAGGAUGGUCCGGGCAAUAAGAUGGACUUGUCUGUAGGGAGCCUUCCUGACAAGAAGUUUGAUGUGGACAAGCGAGCCAUGAAUCUUGGGGAUUUUAAUGAUAUCAUGAGGAAGGAUAGAUCUGGGUUCCGUCCACCUAAUUCCAAAGACAUGGGAACCACAGAUAGCGGGCCUUACUUUGAGAAGCUGACUUUGCCUUUCUCCAAUCAAGACGGGUGCCUUGGGGAUGAGGCUCCCUGCUCUCCCUUCUCCCCUUCUCCCAGCUACAAGCUGUCUCCCUCUGGCUCCACAGCACCCAACGUCAGCCUGGGGGCAAUCGGCACAGGGCUCAACCCCCAAAACUUCGCUGCUAGACAAGGUGGCAAUCAUGGUUUGUUUGGAAAUAGCACAGCACAAUCACGGGGCAUGCACACGCCAGUGCAGCCACUAAACUCUUCCCCUAAUCUACGGGCGCAAGUGCCUCCCCAGUUUAUUUCUCCCCAGGUUUCGGCCUCUGUGCUCAAGCAAUUUCCUAACAGUGGCCUGAAUCCAGGGCUGUUCAACUUGGGACCUCAGCUGUCUCCCCAACAGAUCGCCAUGCUCAGCCAGCUGCCACAAAUUCCCCAGUUUCAGUUGGCCUGUCAGCUUCUCUUACAACAGCAGCAGCAACAGCAGCUUCUCCAAAACCAGAGAAAGAUCUCCCAGGCUGUGCGGCAGCAGCACGAGCAGCAGAUUGUUCGGAUGAUGAGCGCAUUGCAGCAGCAGCAGCAGCAGCAACAGCAGCAGCAGCAGCAGCAGCAGCGGCCACCGAGCAUGAAACAUUCUCCAUCUCACCCCGUUGGACCCAAGCCACAUCUGGACAACCUGGUCCCCAGCACCCUGAAUGUGGGGCUCCCUGAUCUUCAAAGCAAAGGGCAAAUUCCCGGCUACAGUUCUGGUUUUGGCUCAAGCGGUAUGGAUUAUGGCAUGGUUGGAGGAAAGGAAGCUGGGACAGAGUCUCGCUUUAAACAGUGGACUUCUAUGAUGGAAGGCCUGCCCUCUGUAGCUACACAAGAUGCUGGUAUGCACAAAAAUGGCGCCAUAGUACCCCCCGGAAAGGCUCGAGGAGGAUCACCAUACAACCAGUUUGAUAUCAUCCCAGGCGAUACAUUGGGGGGCCACACAGGGCCUGCUGGCGAUAGUUGGUUACCUGCCAAAUCUCCACCAACAAAUAAAAUUGGAAGUAAAUCCAGCCAUGCCAGUUGGCCUCCAGAAUUCCAACCAGGAGUGCCAUGGAAAGGUAUACAAAACAUUGACCCUGAGUCUGACCCCUAUGUGACCCCAGGAAGCGUGCUUGGGGGUACAGCCACAUCUCCCAUUGUAGAUACUGACCACCAACUUCUGCGGGACAACACCACAGGGUCUAAUUCUUCCCUCAACACCUCGCUGCCUUCACCUGGUGCCUGGCCCUACAGUGCCUCUGACAACUCCUUUACCAACGUUCAUAGCACUUCAGAAGGAAUGGAGUUUGCUGUCUACACUGGAAUGACCAAGUGGAUGAAGGAUGCGAUUGGAUUGGCAGAGAGACUCCAGAUAGAGAACGAGCUGUCCCAGGAUGGAACAAGAGGAGAACAGGCCAGAAUACAUUUGAGCAAUGAUGCAACCCUUUCGAUGACCACAAACUUCUCCACAAAGUUCACUGAUUACAAAUCAACAUGGUCCCCAGAUCCCAUAGGACACAACCCCACUCAUCUCUCCAACAAGAUGUGGAAAAACCAUAUUUCCUCAAGAAACACUAGCGGGCUGCCCCGCCCACCUCCUGGCCUGACCAAUCCGAAACCGUCAUCUCCCUGGAGCAGCACAGCCCCCCGCUCAGUCAGGGGUUGGGGGGCCCAGGACUCCAGGCUUGCCUCAGCCUCUGCCUGGAGCGAUGGCGGUACAGCUCGUCCUAGUUACUGGCUGGUUCUUCACAACCUCACUCCCCAGAUUGAUGGGUCAACCUUGAGGACUAUCUGCAUGCAGCAUGGCCCACUGCUGACAUUCCAUCUGAACCUGACCCAGGGCACAGCCCUGAUCCGAUACAGCACCAAACAGGAGGCGGCCAAAGCCCAGACUGCCCUGCACAUGUGCGUGUUGGGAAACACUACCAUCCUGGCUGAGUUUGCCACAGACGAGGAGGUGAGCCGGUUUUUGGCACAAGCUCAGCCCCCUACCCCUGCUGCGACACCAACUGCGCCCGCUGCUGCCGCUGCUGGCUGGCAGCCCCUGGAGACAGGACAAAGCCAGGCUGACCCCGUAGGCCCUGCCCUGAAUCUUUUCGGUGGGUCAGCAGGGCUCGGGCAGUGGAGCAGUGGAGGGGGCAGCAGCAGUGGGGGUGACCUCCCUGGUGCCUCCCUGUGGGGGCCCCCCAACUAUUCCUCCAGCUUGUGGGGGGUCCCCAGUGUGGAAGAUCCCCACAGGAUGGGCAGCCCUGCCCCUUUACUACCUGGUGACCUUCUGGGAGGAGGGUCGGAUUCAAUCUGAACUUCGAACUUUCAACUCUGACCUCGUGACCUUUUUUGGAACAGCAGCAGCACUAACUUGACCUUUUCGUUUUUUUUUUCAACUUGCAAUAAAUACAUUUUUAAAAGGAAAAAAGAAAACGGAGAGAGAAAAAAAAAGGUGGGUCAUUGCCAGACUGUCUGAGCACAUAGUUGCCUCCCUUAGAACUUCAGUUUUUUCGUUUGGAAAAUGAAUCCAAAAAGAGAACAUAUCACUCUUGAAAUACUUGAAUCAUGAACGCCAACCUAGAAAGACAAUGUGAAGCAAGUACACAGACCAUUUAAAUUUCAACACAAAAAAUUAAAAAAAUUAGUUUCUAGUUUUUCACUUUUUCAUGUUAUACGGAAGUUGUUGCUAAGAAACAUAUAUACUGAAAAAUAGCUUUUUAACUUGGUUUGCACUGGGUGUGUUUCCGUCCUUAGGUCUACCGUGUUGGGGGGGGGGGGGGCAAAAGAAUUGUAGGGGUUGGGGGAGGGAAGACUAGACGGAGCCUCACUUUAAAAACAAAACAAAAAACUUUAAAAAAAAAAAAGGAAAAAAAUCGUGAUCGGCUGGUUGAUAAAUACCAGUGUGUGCUGGCACAUGUAACUGCCCAGGCAUGCUUGUGGUCAGUGUGUGUGUGCAUGUGUGUUCGUGGGCAUCUGUUUCUCUCGUGCGUGUGUGUGUGUGUGUGUGUGUGCGCGCGCGCGCGCGCGCGCGCCCCUCCUCCUCCUCCUCUGCCCACGUUGCUGCCAGUCUGUUGGCCGGCCGGCCGGCCCUCUGCAUUUCUGGACUCAGAGAAGGCCGCUCAAGGCUGAGCCCAUGUGACUGACGCCAAUCCCAGUCGGGCUGCAUUAAGACUUCAGGAGAAUGCUUUUCAUGCCCUAAAGCAGGGAGUUCUUUUGUGUUGGCAAGUCAUUUGCAUGUGUGUGUGAGAGUGUGUGAGAGUGUGUGAGACAGCCUUGACUUCCAUCCAGCAGCAGAGUGGAGCACUGCCAUGCCCAGACAUGAGAUGAGCAGGGGACGCCUCUUGAGUGACCGUGUAUUCCUUUGUUCAUCCAUGUAUUUAUUCCAUAUUUAUUUCUGGUUUUAAAAUAAGAGUCACAUCAGAGCAUCCAGCUGGUGUGUUUUGUUUUAAUGGGAAUGGGCGGAAAGACCUCAGCACUCUUGUGGUGUGGUAUCCAAAGUGAAAAAAAGAGCAGGGUGCCCCCUUCCCCAGCUGUGGCCCUUGUGGCCAGAGCCAAGGACUUCAUCCAUUGGACAUGCAAAAUUUCAUGCUUAUCUAAAUUUUCCACCAACUUGUCUCAUCCUCUUUUUACUAAACAGAACAAAAAUGGAGCAGGUCAAGGCAGCUCCCCUCUCUGCUCCCUGAUGCUGAGCGUUACCUGUGCCAGGCCUGGGGGGGGGGGGGGUUGCGUGCGUACGUGUCACAGCCCCAGACCGUCACUGACCGAAACGUUUACUGAAGAAUGUUCUUAAACCAGUGUGUACUUCAAGCCUUUCCUCUUGUUUCUCCGUGUUGUGUAUUUCCUGUGUAUGUGGUUUUGCUUAGACAGUUCUGACUAGCAAAGACUUUUAAGUAUUGCACCUUGUUUUCCUGUAUUGUGGCUUUUUUAUUUUGGUAUUUAAAGAAACUUUUGUGAGCGUCAGUGUAGUACUCUGGGCGGAACAGGGGCAACCUUAGAAUCCACAGUAAUGGCCAGUGUGUCCGUGCAUGUGGGCCAGGCUCACCAUCGGUACUGCUGCUUGUGGGGGCGGGAGCUGAAUGGACCGCAAGGAGGGAGGGAGGGAAGAGGGUCCCCUUCCCACCCAGCACCCACCUCUGGCCUGGGCAGGGAGAAGGGCUAGCACUUGGUUAGGUGCAGUGGACAUUAUCAGUCUGCAUUCAACUGCUUUCCAUAAAGUGCCCGCAUUCUGUACCAACAAAUGCCUGCUCACUCGGACCCGAGCCUUUGUGGGAGCCGCCGGCUGCCUUGUCAGCUUUCUGAUGGGAAGGACAGGGGAGUGUCUUUCUGGAGCAUCUUCAGUGAAGGGUACAACAAUGCCUAAUGUAUUUAAUUUUUCAUUGGUGCAUGUGUGUGUGUGAGUGUGAGUGUGAUAUGUGUGUGAGAGAGAGAGAGCGCAUGUGUGAGUGGUUAGGGAAAGGCAAAAAGAAGGAAAAAAAUCAUUUUCAUGUGAGACAGAGGAAAUGGGAAGUUCCAUAGGUUUCUUGACUCACCCCUGUCAGUAUAACCAGGAAUCAGAAAGGAUUGACAAAGGGGGACGUUAUGUUGGAGUAGAGCACAUCUUAAAGUGAACAGUCACUGCAUCUGAUUACUCUGGGAUGUGACUCAUGGAGGGAGCAGGGGCAAGCCGGCACUGGCUGCACACUGGUCAAGCCCACUGGCAUUGCUCGCUUUCCUUCCUUCCUUCCUUCCUUUUGAAAAUAGCCAGCUGCCCACCAUUUUCUGUCUUUGUCCUACUCUCUGCAGAGAAGACCCCUCCCUGGUUUCUUCCCAAGUGGUGAAGCAUUAGCUCUGUUGUGGCCUUGAGGUGAGGAGCAGCUAGACUCCUAAAUAGAGAAGAGUCCAUGUAAAGUUUUUUGCAGUAGUGGAAGUCCCAAGAAAUGCCUAGCUUGGCUUCUCCUGUCACAUGCCUGCUGCCGCCCCAAUUCCCAUUGCAACUGAGUCCUUAGCGUCCCUCUCCUCCCCACCUGCUGCCGGCCCACCCACCCAUGUGGUUCCUUUACCUGCACUUUGGGUUAGUUGAGUUCAUUCUGAUACUACGGUGAAAGCCGGGUGCUAGAGCCCCUCUUGUUUACAAGACAUAAUGAGGGAUUUGAAAUAUGUACAAAUAAAAUUGAGAAGCUGAAAUGUUCUUCCAUCAUAAGCUUAAAGGGAAAAAAAAUUUAAAACUUUUAAAAAGACCAAAAAGUGCAUAUAUAUAAAAAAUAUAUAUUUUAGAUGAAGACUAACUCUGGGAGCAUAUAACAGUGUUUUGUUUUUUGGGUUUUUUUUGUGUGUGUGUGUGUGUGUGUGUUUGUUUUAACAUUUAUUUUCCUGCUUUAAAAUUUGCAAGCAUUCUCAGGAAUUCUAGGGUAGGAAGCCAGUUUUUUUGAAGAUGGUUUAUUUAACUGUAUCUUAUCCUAGAUAGAUGGCUGUUUUUUUCCUGUUGAUAAACUUUUACAAGUUCCUGAAUCUUCAAGAAGAAAAGUUUAAAAUAAAGUUUUUACUUAAUUAAUGUUACAGUCAUAACUGGGGAUCACACAUUUUAAAACCUGUACAAAGAAAUGAUAUUUUUAAGAGUUCUCAGUUUAGCAGCAAGAAAUAAACUCAUUAUACUCUUUUAAAAAACUGGGAGAAUGAUUAAGCUGUAACAAGCUCUGUCUUAGUCACAUUGAAAUUGUGUAUAAUUGAAGUUGUAUGAGAGAGAGAAAGAGAGAGAGAGAGAGAGAGAGAGAGAGAGAGAGAGAGAGAGAGAGGUGGGUGUCUGUAUAGGAAUGGCAUCACCAGUCCUUUCCACUUAGGACUAAACUGCUAUCUCUCCUGUUUCCUUUUUAAAAAAAAUUUUUUUUAUUAAAGAAAAAAAAAUCCUGCAUCUUCAAUACCCUUCCCCCUGCAAAAAAAAAAAAAUAGUUCUGACUGUAAAAUUUAGUAAAGUUCAGAUGAAUGAGGAUCUAUGUAAAGAAAAUAGGGAAUAUAGGAUAAUGCUUUUUGGAACAAAUUUUAACUAUAGGCAUUGCAAGAGGAAAAUUCCCCAUGGACUAUUCCAUUAACGGGAAAUGUUUGUCUCUACCUCCUUUAUUAUGAGGAGAGGGAAAUGAAUAAGAUAAUCUACCAAGGAACAAAUGAUUUUUACUUUUUUUAGCUCCCAGCCACUGUUGUGUUCAUUUUAAUUGCUGUUUUGAAGAUUUGCUGCUCACUUACCUCCAUCUACCAGCUGGAGACUUAGAAGUGUGAUUUUGGUUUUUGGGUGAUAUUGAAUUCUCCUUUUGCAUCCCCUUCUGGGGCUAGAUAUUGGAAUUCCCAAGCAUGAUGAGAGCUUCACUGAGACAUUUGAGCUUACCACUGGGAAUGAAAAACUUCCUCUCCAGGUGAGAGGAAGUGGAGUUAAUGCCUGAAAUUUCUCUGAAACCGCAUUAGUGCCUUCGUACAUACACCCAGACAUCCUGUGAAAGGGGGGAGGGGGUGUGUGUGUGUGUGUGUGUGUUCAUAUGUGUGCAUGUGUGCUUGUGGUCCAGUCACUCCAUGUAAAUUAAUGCACCUGUCCUUGAAAGAAUAUGGAGUCCUUCUGGGCAUGCCCCAAAGGCAGUGGGCUAAAUUUAAAGAAGGGGGGGGUGGGAAUUCCUAGAAAUAAAAUGUGCUUUUUUAGGUCUUUAAAAAGUAGUCUGUCAAGUCCCUGCCCUGGGUUGUAUUGUGUUGUGUUGUGAGCCCUCUAUUCUCAUUCAUCUUUGUGUGAGUGCUUAUGGAAAAAUAUACCUAUAUUCAUUUGGAAAGUCUUAUUGUUUUGGGCCAGUUGAAAGGAGUCCUCCAGGGUUUCCCUACUCUCCUCUCCCUCUCUUUUUUCCACUUGAUUCUUUAGAAGGUUUGCUUUGUAGGUUGGCAAUGACUUAAGGAAAGCCAUGGAGUCCUUUGGCAAGAGUCACAUCUUAUGACUUAAGUCCUCAUCUUCCCCGUGGACCCUUCCAAGCUCCUCCUGAAAACCCCAAAUGGAUAGAAGGAUUUCCAUUUGGCUGUGCACCCGCCAGGCCAGCCCCUUUCUUUUCCUCCGUUUUCCAGGACAAAGCUUCCAGCAUCCUUUCUGACCAGCUCUCUUUUUGGACACUCUCUUCCUCUAGAGUGGCCAGAGCAAUGUACUUCUUGGAUAUUUCUCACCUGCUUCAUUUGGCUUCUGCCCAAAGGAAGAGAAACAUUCAUAGGGAACAGAAAUGUCUUCCAUCAGACCAGGUUUUUAUGAGUGACCCACCCUCUGCUGUCCGUUCAUGUCCUAAUUUUCGGUGUCUGUUAAGCCAAACUGACCAUUCUCCGAGACACUGUGAAGAAACAGAAAGCUCACCGAGCCAGCGCCCCUUGGAUGGGUGUUCUGCAGCCAUCCCAGGGGCCACGGUUAGCGCAUGCUGCAAGUUAGGGUUCCAAAGCCACCCCUUUGGCCAAGGUCUCACUCCUUUUUCUGUCUGGAGGAAUUUUCUUUGUCUCAUGAUGCUUCUAAGUUAGCAACUUCCCACUUCUCCCACGAGGGUGGCAUCAAUUAGCACUAAGUUCCCAUGUGUUCUCUGGUGAAAUAUUAUGUCUGAGGUGUAUGGAGAAAAAAUGAAAGCUUUCUAAGAAUUUGCAAGUUCCUUUAGCAUUUUUAGCAAAAACUUCAAUCCCAAGUAUUGUCAUGUUGACCACCAGUCACUCUUACCCCUUCUGUACUUUUCUGAAGGCUGCAUAUUCAGUAGCCUUGAGAUGCCAUUUUGGCCUCAAAAGGGGUAUACUUCCCCACCCCCUUUUUUUUUUUCACUUUUUCAGAUCCUGGCAUUCUGAUGCUCCUGUUGAACAGACGAAAGAUUCCUGUGUGCUUGGCAGGAAGCUUAACCCAAGAUUAUGUUCCUCUGCUCUAGACACAGGACAUCUUUAAGACUUGGCUCUCAGAUUAGGGAAUAAUUGAGUCUUGAGAUAAAGAAGGUCCCAGUUCCAUGUGCUUUCCCUCCCUUCCCCAUCUCCCCCUACCCCACCCCCCAAGACAGUUAAAACACAGUAGACAGUUUUAUUUGUUGGGGUAUGGUUUAUAAAUAUAUAUGUGUGUGUGUACAUAUAUAUAUACAUAUAUAUUUAUGUAGAUAAGUUCUGAACUAGGAAGAACUAUAUAUUGGAUCAAAGUCAAUCUUUUCCUUUUCCAGUGAUCUUGCCAGGUUCUGUCUAUGCAUUAACUGCGCAUAUUAGUGUUACCUACUGUGAGAGAAUCCUCUUCAGUCUUGUUUUUCCUUUUAAAAUGUUAAUGUGGAGUUUUGUGCUACAGUGGAAAUGAGAAGAUUGUGUGUGUGCAUUUGUGUGUGUGUGAGUGAGUGAGAGAGAUAAAUUGAAAAUCUCGUGACCUCAAUAUUCAGCCGGUAAUGAGGGUACCUGUACCCAUUGGCCACCCAUGGCUGCACACCACCAACCGAACCUUUUAAUUUUAUUCUGCCAGUAGGACGUGCAUAUACAAGGUCUGUGUUUCUAUGGCCAGUGCCAAAGGGAUGUGUGUUCCACUUUGUUGUCUUUGGAAAAGAGAGGAAGAAUCAGAUCCAGUUGUUCCGAUUUACAAUUGCUACCAAUACCAGGAUUUUGUGAUGUAGCAGUUUUCUCAAAAGGGGAGGAAUUAUUCAGAAAUAAGACCUUGAAAUAUUUUCAGGAAGUGUCACACAUCAUCCCAUCAGAUAAAUCACCCUCGUUGCUGUGUGCCUGUACCAUCCACUCGUGUGUGGCAAGUGAUUUCUAAAGCUCUCCCUGAAGGAGGGGUUCUUGAAUAUUUGGCAGGUUGGGUUACUAGGGGGUUGUUUUGUUUGGGGGAGUCACCAUCCAUCAGCCAGUCACUACCCCCCCAUUCCUGUUCAAAAUGACAGCAGCUACUUAGUAUUUGCCCCUUCCAGUUAACUAUUGACACAAGAAGCCUAUACCCUUCAGGAUAGGCGGUGCCACCAGGAAAGAGAGGUCUCUUCAGGGCUUGUGGUCCUAUACUCCUUGUGACUGACCCUUUUAGAUGGCCAAGAAGGAGGAGGAAAAAUAUCAAAGAUAAGCAGUGUUUGGUUUGGGUCCUUAAAUAGUGUUUCCUUAAGCACUUUCUGCCUCAACUGAGGUGUUUUAACUAUAAAUCAGUGCAUUGAAAAAUAUGAUACUCUUAAAGUUCCUGAGUUGGUUGUUUCAUUUUUUUCCUGCUUCUAGCCAAAUUAGUAAAUAGAAUAUACUUGUUUGUUUGUUUGUUUGUUUGUUUCAUGAAGCAAAAUUCUUCUUUCUAGAUAAUGCUAAGCAGUAAAGGAGUUUCCCAGCUUGCGGACAAUAUUGUGUGGUUUGGUUGUGAUUUAAGUGCUUUGCUUUGCUUUCUCAAACUCUCAUCUCCUCUAUUUUCUUGCAUCCCCCCCACCUCCCUCCCCACUUGAUGUGUCCUCUCUUUACAUCUGGCACCAAGAGGGCUAAUGGGGGUGGGGACCGAAGGGUAGGAAGUUGGAAGGGCCUUAUUUACAUGGAGGGGACAGCCUUACAGCAGAGCUUUACGGGGAGAGUUGUGGUCUAAUCCAAAUAGAUAAGCCAAAAAUGAAAAGGGGGAAUAUUUAUGCAAAAACCAAACCAAACAUCUCUGGAAACCUGUAAGAAAUUACCUACCUUUUAAAGGCAGGCUUGAGUCUCACCAAGUGAUUCAAUUCAGCAUGACAUUUCUUGCCAGGGUAGGUUAGAAGUGUGUUUAAAACACCACCACCACCACCACCCCCCUUUUAUUUUUUUAAGGUGUUAUUUAAAUAUAGUAUUUUUGAAUGUGCCUUUGUGAGUACAGGAACCAUCCAAUUAUUAGGAAGCUCUCCAUCAGAGACAAAUAAGAGAAAAGAUGGUCAAUUUCUUCUUUAGGAAGGUCAGACUUUCUCCCAGAAGUCCCUGCAGGCCAUCAUUGACCAUGGGCAUCCAUAUCUCACAGGUCUUGGGGAGAGGGAGAUGCUGGUGUGCGCCUUCCUCUCCGGCAUCAUGACCUCAUGCAUCCAGGUGCUCUGUGUGUGUGCACAUGCAUGUGUGUGUAUGUGUGUGUGUGCAGGUGGCUGUUUGGGGGGUUUUCUGUAAGCACUAGAGAACUGAACCAUGAUGGUAGCUUGUUUCUGCAUAUAGAGGAGAAGGCAUUUCUUGCUUCUUUCUGCCCUUUAUUUACCCUCCAUGUCCCCAUAAGACAGUUUGGUGGUUUUUCCAACUCAUUUAAUGUUGCCAUUUGAGCAAACAAACAGGGUAUUAACACAAAGAAAGAAGAGUUUUGAGAUGUUCCAGUCAAAGUGUUUAAAAAAAAGAAAGGAGAGAGAAAAAUCUGAAAUCCUCUUUUAUUUCAGAACUUCUUACAGCUUAAACAUAGAAAUCUGCAGUGUGUCCUUCAUUUGUUUUGUUGUUAAAUAUUCCACCUCUUCUCCCCAUCCCUGCCCUUCUAAAGAACUAGUGUACAAUGCUUUGGGCCAUUUCCAGAAUUCUUGUCUGCCUCCGAACCCCAACAUGGGGGAUUGGGGAGGGGAGGCACCCUCACAACAAGAUUCCUUCAUCUUCAUUCAGGAAGACAAAGGGAGGGGGGAUACUGAAGCUUUCUCUGCUCCAAAUCUCAUUCCUCUCUAAUGGCCUUGAAAUGUAUUCUUAUGCAAAUGUGAAUUUUGAUACUGAAUUUAAGAAGAGGUUUUUUUCUUUUUUCAAAAAAAAAAAGGUCCCAUAUGUGGUCAGCAUUGCUUCUUUAUUUUGUAAAGUGAAUUGUAAACUAUGCAUUCUGCUAGGGGGGAAGGGGAGUGUUGGGGGUUGAUGAGUAGCUUUGCAUAAUUGUUCAACAGUUUCUGUGUCCAUGGUAUCUCUGUGUUUAGGAGGGGAAGGGGGACACUGAUUCAGUACAGUGAGGACACUGGGAGUGAAAGAGGACCCUCAGCAACCUCUCCCAGUGGAUGGAUGUUGUUCUGGGAUUCUGUCAUUUAAAUCAACUGCAGAAGCCCAAGCUGCUCUAAAACAGGUGCAGGGUUGCAAAGUCUUGCCAUGCAGUGUUAAUCCAGUGUCCACAGUGGACCCCUUGGGGCUCCAGGGUUCUCUGGAGAAGGACCCAUUUCCUGCACUUGAGUAACUAGUCCCUUUCAAGCUCAGGAACCAGAUCACCUCACAAGUGUGGUCCUUAGGAACCCACCUUGCAAUCUGUCUCUUUCAGAAGCCUUUAUGUUUCUUAGGAGUUGGGGCCCACCUGCUCCUUCAACCUACAGAGUAAGGAAACCAUCCUGCUGUGCUGGGAAGAGGGCAAAAAGAGCAUUCCUCCUUCCUUCCUUCCCUCCUCUCUCCUCCCAGCCAAAUGUCAUCUGGAUUUCAUGGGACCUUCUUUGGACUCUGGACCCCAAGAUCUGAGUGAGUUUCUCUAAGGCAUCUCCUUGGAAAACCAUCCAUCCCUGGUUCCCCUCCUUGUCUUACUAGGAUCCCUUGUGUUGACUCUUCCCUUGCCCAUGGUAAAACAUGGUGCCUGCCUCGCUCUUGGCAUUUUCUUCAACAUGCAGUAUCAUCAGCAAGAGAAUGUUCUGCCUGUUUUCAGUGUUUUCCAUGCAGGAAGCUUUUUUGUUCCUUCACAGUACUGUAAUGAGUCAUAGACUUGAUCCCGCCCGCCCGCCACGCUCUCCUCACCCCUGGGCCAGCCUCUCGGGUGAUCUUAUCAGGGUUCCCAUCUGUUCAAUUGCCUUUAAACCAACCAACCCACCCACAAUCCUGAGGUUGUCAACUGUUUAUCACAAAACAAUACCUCGAUGGUACAUUUCCCAUCCUGUUCUGACAUUAGUGGAUUCUUUUUUAAAUAAGAACAUGUAAAUAGCCAGAUAGCUUUUAAAAUAUUUAGUUUGCUGUGAAAGUAACCCUAUCCUAUGUGGUGGUGUCGUUGUUUUGUUUUGUUUUUUCCAUUUUUUUAAGCCGUCAGAAAUUUCAGCUUGUAAAUCCUUCUUCCUAAAGGCAAAGCGGAGGGAGGUCAGGGAAGUGUCUGCGUUGUGGGGUGGCUGUCCUCUGGCCCCUUUGCCCCUCUGCUGCCUGCACAGGAUAGGUCUGGAGCAGGAGGCCCGGUGUCGAGCUGGCUCUCCCCUCUCCAAGAAUGCCCUCCUGGGUGUCCAGAGUAUUUCCUCCUCCUUGAUUUACUGCAGUUGAAGGGAGAAGUGUCCCCGAGUCCAGCUCAGCUGUCUGGGCCGUAACAAAUCCCUGCGUUUGUAGGAGUAAAGGUGGUUCUGCAGGGCUUGGUCACUGGGGCUGGCUGUAGUAGCCCCUCCACUCUGGUGUCGGUCAUCCUCCCACUCUGUCUGCCCCCCCAGCUGGCAGACAGAUCCUUUCCGUUGUCUGGCUUUUUCUCUCCCUAAAGAUCAAGUCCUCCCUUUGUGAGGCGCUUUCUCUGCUCGCUGCCCCUGCGGUGGGGACCGCUUCCUUCUUGUGGUGUAGGAGCCCGUGCUCCAGACGCCUGCCAUCCAGUGCCCGUCUGCAGGGGGGGCCUCCAGAUUUUAGGGUUUGUUCCCACCUCCCAACAGACAUCCUGCCCAUCUAUCUGUAACUUUCCCAAAAGACCGCUGGCUUUUGUCCUGCUUUCCUGAUGGGCCACUCUUUCCUCCUUGAACCCUCCAGUGACCAAAGUGUGCCCAGUGAACCCCCUGAAGAAAGCUGCCGUGGCGCAUGCCCACCUUGAGUGGUUGGGAGUUCUUCCCUUGACCUUCGUCCCCAUGCGGCCUUGGGGUGCAGGAAGCAGUUUUAACAAGUCUAAGGAACCCCUCUGGCUUAGGAGAAGAAAGCGUCUAGCAAUUCAGCAGUGUCCGUUUGUCCACAAUCCAACCCAUAUUCUGUGCCCACCCCACCCCUACUCCUUUUUAAGGAACCAAAAAAACAAACAGAAAAAUGAAACAUAGCCUAACACCAACAAAAAGCUUUCCAAACUAUUUUCUCUUCUACCAGCUAAAUGGAGAUCAGAAUGCUGCUUUGAGUUCUGGAAUCCUGGGGCCUGUGUUUACUUGGGUUAGUUAAGAUACCUUCCCCCCAUCAGGAAAGAAAUGAGUGUGUGAAAGCCCUCCAUCAGAUUUCUGUUUCCCCUGUUCCCCAGGGGAGCCUGUGAGGCAUUGGAGGGGGGAGAGGAAGAGGAAGGGAAGCUUUGCUAGAGCAUUUGAGUGGCCCUUUUUUUUUCUUCCUUUCUCCUUCCCUCCCUCCAGUGCCCACCAGGGCAUCCAGAAGACGGAGGCUGGGUUCGAAUGGGCAGCUUUCUUUCCCUACUUUGCACAUAAACAGGGAUCAGGAAGGUACAGCAAAAUCCUCCCCACCAAACUGUCACCAGAAGCAAACGUCUCAGUGGCCGCACACACAGAUGCGCUCUGCAAGUUACCUAGAAGUGUUUUGUUUUCCUGAUACUUGAAAUCGCUUUGACAGUUCGUUUUGGUGACUUGUUUUCUCUCUUCUCUGGUGGGCAGUAGAGGCCAGGGAUCAUGGGACAAGGGAGCCAGGGGGGAGGGGAAGAGACAAAAUGAUGUUUAGUUUUGCUUUUUAAAUAAAUCAAAACCCGGGUUUGAUCCUAACCCAAAUUUAUUGAAUUGCUGGUUUUACAUGGACACAGAAACUAGGCACUUUAGAGGUGCACUUGCAUGGCAGGCUGGCCCCCCCCCCUUUCUAUAUUUUUAUUUUACUUUUAGUAUAGUGGUACUUAAAAUCACUGGUUCACUUAAAAAAAUACAAACAAUAAAAUGUUAAACUCUACUAAUGUACAAAUAAGCUGAAACGUCGCAUUCUAUGUGUAUUUUUUGCCAUAGCAGGUACUGUAUUUUUCAUGCUGGAUUUCAAAAAAACAAAAACAAAAGAGGGUGGUGUUUUAUUGGAUUGUGACAGGUUAAAAUCAAUAAGGAAUUAAGUCGUCGUCAUUUCAUUGAAACUGAGAGAUGAUGUAAUGCAUAUAUAAGAGUUUUCUGAAGGGUUUUUUGGCUUUUAAACAGCUUAUUUUUUGUUUUUUAUUUUAUUUUAUUUUUUUUUGAAAGAUAUGAUUGUAUUAUGUGCAACUCAGUUGCUUACAUUAUAACUACAAAAUAUUUUUGGGUUCCUGGAAAAAAAAAGAAAAAAAAGACUAAUAAAUGUGUUUGGCUGCUAAGCAUUUAA